AUUUCCCAGGGUGCUUCGCGGGGGUAACACAAAAGGCCACAGGAAUGCGGUCGCAGCCUGACUCUUAUGGGUGUUUGCUCUGCUGUGCUGCACCCCUGCUUCUCGUCGGGAUAAAACCUAAACAAACGCAUAAAGAUAGGAAUGGACCCUGCUUAGAUUGCUUGUGGCCUCGUUGUGGAGAUAAAAUGACUGAUGGCAGACUCUUUGUUCUAGCAGUUGAAGAUUGGAUCAAGAGAGAAAAUGAAGAGGAAACUCCCCAGCAAAUGGAUCCCAUGCCAGUGGAUCCUGAACAACUGCAUGAUACCUUAUCAGAGGAGAGUGAGGAUUUCCCGGAUUCUGAGCAGUCAAAAGCCCGUAAGAGGGAUCUGGAAACCCAUCGGGACACGUUCACAGGGGACAUCUGCUUUGACUAUGAGGCUGGCCCUCAGAGAAUUCAUGCAAAUGAUAGGCCAUUUAAAUGUGAUGUGUGUGAGAAAAGCUUCCGCCACAGUUCCAGUCUUUUGACCCAUCGGAGACUCCAUACAGGAGAGAAACCUUACAAAUGUACUGAUUGUGGGAAAAGCUUUAACACCAGUUCAGCACUCAUAGUGCAUCGCAGGACUCAUACUGGGGAGAAAUCUUAUGUCUGUUCGGACUGUGGGAGAUGCUUCAGUGAAGGCUCAGUGCUCAUCAAGCACUGGAGAAUCCACACAGGGGAGAAGCCAUACAAGUGUGCGAUAUGUGGGAGGGGAUUCCGGCAGAGCUCACAGCUUCGUGCCCAUGAGAGGACCCACACAGGCGAAAAACCUUACGAGUGCCAGGACUGUGGGAAGUGCUUUAGCACCAGCUCGAACCUCUCAGCCCAUCAGAGGACCCACACGGGUGAAAAGCCCUACAUCUGCACUGAAUGUGACCGGAGGUUUGGUCACAAGUCACACCUCAUAUCACACCAGAAAACGCACACUGAGAAGUUGCACGCUUGCCCUGAUUGCCCGGCCAGCUUCCGAAUGAUCCACCAGCUCCUGGUCCAUCGCAAAUCCCACCAGGAGGACAGACGCUACAAAUGCCUGCUCUGUGGGAAGACCUUCAGCUAUAGCUCGGCCCUCCUUGCACACCAGAGGAUGCACACAGGGGACAGGCCAUUUAAGUGCCUUGAAUGUGGGAGGAGUUUCAUCCGGAACUCGGACUUGAACAAACACCAGAGAAUCCACACAGGUGAGAAGCCCUAUGAGUGUCCUGAGUGUGGGAAGAGGUUUAAUCAGAGCUCUCACCUAGUUAGCCAUCGGAGAGUCCACUUUAAAAGCACGACCAAAAAUCCUGACGCAAACGUGAGUGCUCCGGUUGAGCAAGAAAUUGAGUCUUCCUGAAGGUCCACUUCUUAACAGCCCUUGACAAAGAUCUGUUUCUAUAAAUUAUUAAGCCUGCAGUCCUGUGCAUGCUUUUAUGGGAAUAAAUACAGUGAGACUUACUUCUGAGAAAAUAUGCAGACGAUUGAACUGAGGUACUCGCAAACCGGACUGUGUUUAUUCCAUCUUGAAAAAAACAAAAGAAAAUUCUCCUCCAAGGCUGUUGAGAUUCUUCACUAAGGAAAGCGGAGUUCUGUGGCCUUGGAUACCCUAUGGUUCUGCAAAUCAAGCAAGUUGACGUUUAUUUGUUUUGCAUUACUUGUUCUGUUUCGCAGGUCCAUAGAUAAGGGCAAACAGAUAUGCCAGGUGCUGAGGCUUUGCCUUCUGGCCACUGGAAAUCUUGCUCAGCUUUCUCUGCCUUUUGAGAUCUUGUCAGACUUGAAAUCCAUGUGGACAAUGUCUAUCUUUGCUGCUGUAAGGACUGAAAAUGUGGGUGUGUGGUUUUGAUUUUUAAAUGGCAUGUUUGAUUCUUGGCAGGCUGAAAUCUGUGCCCCAGAUCAUCUGUCCUUGUGUGAAGGUGGAAUACACUGUCUUGAAUAUAGCAACAUGUCAAACAGAGGCGAGGGAUCUUUUUUAGCCUGAGGGCCACACUCCCUCAUACACAAUCUUUCCAGGGUCGCAUGCCAGUGGUGAGUGGGGCCAGAAUCAAAAUUGGGCAGAACAGAAGUGGCCUCUUUUUUUAGUGCAGGAGGCUAGGUGUGCAAAAGUCAGAGGUUUUUACAUGCACACAGCCCACACCCAACUCUCCAUACAAGAAGUAUUAUCACAGUUCAAGGACCCAUUCCAGCAAGGUAGAAACACUUAUGGAGGGCAAGGAUUGGUAUGGGGUAUGGCCUGGGGAGGGAGCGUGGCAGCAUGAGAGUCUGAAGGGCUAGAAUCAAGUGGAGUGUCCUACCCCAGGCAAGUAUGCGUGGCCUCACUAUUGGCUUCCUUUUGGAAACAGACCAUGGGAAGGGCUGAACACAGGGGAAAGAGCAUCUGCUUUGCAUGCAGCAGGUCCCAGAUUCAAUCUUUGGAUCUCCGGGUAGGGUGGCAAAUGCCUCAAGCUGGAGCCCCAGAGAGUUGCCGCCAGUCAAUUAAAGCAAUACUGAGCCAGGUGGACCAAUGGUCUGACUUGAUAUAAGGCAUUUUCCUAUGUACACCCCUCUGGGCCUGAGGUUCCCCACCAUUUAAGGCCCCAUCAGCACUACACAUAUAAAGCAGUAUCAUACCACUUUAAACAGCUUCCCCCAGGGAAUCUUGGGGACUGUAGUUUGGGAAAGGUGCCGAGAGUUGUUAGGAGACCCCUAUUCCCCUCACAGAGCUACAGCGCCCAGAGGGGUUUAACCAUCAAUAUUUCUUCUCAGGGAACAGUGGGAUUGGAUCCAGACUUAAAUUAGCCAUGCUUGAGUCCCACUGAAAUUAAUGGGCCAAAUUAGCCAUGACUAACUUAAGCCCUGUUGAUUUCAAUGGGAAUAAAGCAUGGCAAACUUAGUAUUGAUCCAGCUCAGUGUUUAAAGUUUCCUGGUUAGUGGUGGGGGAGGGAGAGGAAGGGCAGGGUGGCUUCAUGCUUGUCAGGCCACAGAAGGUGCAAGGAUGACCUUAUUUCUCUGUGGGCCAUGUUGGUUGACACUUCCAGUCAUUUGCUUUUCAGAUGAAUAGAGCACCAACCAGCAUUUUCAUAACCACAUUACACUCAAGUGUUUUCCUGUAUCUUUUACAAAAUAUUAGAGAUGAGGAAUAGCCUAACAAGGAAGAGGAGCUGCAUUUCAAAAUGAAUGGCUAGGUUUUGUUACUUGGUCAUAAAAUAAAAUGAAGCGCUCACUUGGAUGGUGAGAAACUAACCCCCCCCCCAAUAGACAAUGGUCAUUGCUUAAUAAUUCAUGUAGAGCAUAUUGCUGGCUGUGUGUGUGUAUAUACAUAUAUAUUUUUCUAUACUAUUUUAUAACUUACACUUCAUUGGAGCCAAGGUAAAUGGAGAACAUAUCCAACAUAUUUUAGAAUCCACUUCUAUUAAAAAUCCACAAGAAUUUUUCGCCAUGGACUUCUUUCAGGCUUCCUAUAGGCCUCUGGUUGGCCACUGUGAGAACAAGAUUGUGGACUAACUGGACUAUGGGCCUGACCCAGCAGGCUCCUCUUCUUUUUUUGACAACUUUAGGAGAGUGUAUGUUGCAGGCCAAAUAUUUAAGUCUGUGUGCAAAAAUUCUGAUUUUAAAUUUCUAUUUGAAAUCUAAAUGACUUUUCAAAGAUUUUUCAGUGGAGGUGUGUGCCUGUGUUACUAUUUUCAGGAGAAAAGGACUUGGAAAAACCAAAUUUGGAAUAAAUUUGUCCAGCCAAUUAGAUCUUAUUCAUGUGUUGGAUGCUGUAUUCAUUUAUUCUCUGAGGCACUUGCAACUCUGUGCUGCAUUGCAUGAUAUUUGACUUCUCUUUGCAGGAAAAAACAGCAACCCCAAAACAAACGAAAACUUGCAUUUUCUUCUUUCUGUAAGGGCAUUACUCAUCCCCACAUAGAGCCAAACAAAGCUGAAUUUAGCAAUUUCAUGAAUAAUUUUUAAAAAGUAAAUUGCAUUUGUAGGGAGGCAAAUUCAGAACACUGGCAUGCAAAAUAGGGAACUUUAACCCUUUACCUCCUCCUGUGGUCCCCUGUCUGGAUCAGGCUUCUGGUGCCUGCUAUUUGAGGGAUGGGGGGGCACUCUCCUGGAAGCAGACUGAUGACAGAUAAUAAUGUAUCUGUGCCAUUGUCAUCUGAUAGAAGGAGCGGAACCAGAUGGAUCUGCUUUUUGCCAGUGAGAGGAUGCCACAAGCUACCAUUUACAGAUUUGAAUAAUUACACUUCUCAGCAGCUACUUUCACAGAGAACAGAUGGUUCUGGUUUAUGAUAGAUGCAUCUGAGUGGACAUGGUACCCCAUAAGGAUCUGAGGACUGGAUAGGCAAGAUCACCAUGUAGGUGAUGUACAGACACAAUAUUGUGAAAUUGAAAGACACACACAUUUGGGAUGGCCUUUCUAGUUUAGAUGUGGAUUUUUAAAUCUUUCUUCUUUGGCAGAGUAAGCAAGCCAAACUUUUUUGUUCUUGUAUUAUUCUCCUUAAUAAAUUUUUGUAAUUUUAAAA